AUGGCCGUCAUCCCUGUGCUACGUGCUGACUGCUUGUCGGAUAACCAGUCUUCACAUUCCUCACCGCUAGGACUGACUGAGAUCAUAAACCGAGAGCCGCCGGUCAAAGAGCUUGUGUCGAGCUUCCUAACGACGACAGGUGCCUACCAUCGAAACCACAGUGUCAUUCCACAGCUAGACGGGACAAGGCAUUUCAUCACCGUUGAUGGCGAAGUCGACAAGCCGUUCACGCUCUCUGUAUCGCAACUCCGGAACGAUUUUGAACAACAUGAAGUCAUUUGCGCAAUGCAAUGCGCAGGAAAUAGACGUCAUACUAUGCGAACGAAGUUGAAAGAAGUACACGGCGUUGACUGGACCGAUGGAGCUGUCAUGAACUGCAAGUGGAAGGGCCCGCGACUCAGAGACGUUUUGAUGAAAGCACAACUCAAGGACAAGGACCCGGAAAACAGCUUAUUGCAUGUCGCUUUCGCCUGCUUUCAAGCACCCUGUGAGGAUGACGACUAUUACGGUGUGAGCAUUGAGUUGUGGAGAGCCAUGAAGAUGAGCGAAGAAGUUAUUUUGGCCCUCGAUAUGAACGAUGAGACGCUGCUACCCGAGUAUGGCUUCCCCGUCCGAGUAGUCGUACCAGGAGUUGCCGGGGCAAGAUGGGUGAAAUGGCUCGAUCGAAUCACGGUACAAGCAGAUGAAUCUCCCAAUUUCUACCAGCAGCAUGAUUACAAAGUCCUCCCUCCAGAGGCUACCACGUGGGAAAUCGCAGAGAAUUACUGGAGUACCGUCCCGUCAAUCCAGGAAAUGCCCGUGAACUCAGUUGUUGCCUGCCCAGAUGACGGAGAAACCGUCAAAUUAUCUUCCGACGGCUGUAUCGAGGUUAAAGGAUACGCUGUUCCCACUGGUAGCCAAGGACCGGUAGUUCGGGUUGAGGUCUCGACGGAUGGCGGAGAGAGCUGGGUUGAUGCCGAACUACAAGACGACAAGCCUCAAUCAAAAUGGACCUGGGCUUUAUGGAAAGCCAGGGUCAAGACUGAAAAGAGGGAAGACAAAACAAUAUACAGUCGCGCCACUGAUGCAGCAGGAAACACACAACCAGAGUUCUCGCAAUGGAAUAUUCGCGGCGUAACAUACAACGGCUACGGUGCAUCCUGGAAUGUCAACAUUGUUUGA